AUAUGGAGUCAAAUACCAAUGCGACUUCGACGUCAUGGCACCACAGAGGGUGCAUCACCCGGACGAGGCUCCUCCGGAGUACUCUGUCCGUGACCCGCAGUUGCAAGCAACGCCCCCAUGUAACCCGCGAAUGCAAACAACGCCUCCAGGUAACCCGCAAUUGCCAGCAACGCCUCCAAAACGAAAAUGGACGGACAAUCGAGUCCGAGUAUGGAGUCUUGUAGCACUUGGAGUCCUUGCUAUCAUCAUAUUCGGUGCAGCGUACGGCGUAAAGAGAUCAAGAUCCGACGACGCAGAGAAUAGUCGUGACCAACAACUACAGGCCUGGUCUUCAAGUCGGGCAAUAUACCCAACCGGCACUCCUGCAACUUCGAGUUCCUUCCCUGACCCUACGCCUGGUCCUACUCAACCUGUUCUGCAGGCACAAGGACCAAUGCCGAGAGACAUCAGCGUCGCUGUAGAGGUCCCCGACCUGCUGAUCUGGGAUCUGCGUGCCAGAGGCCGCAUAUACACAAGGAAGCUCGACCGCGACUUCGAAGUCGAUCCCUAUCGCCAAUUGUUAGUUACCCCUGUGGUUGUCAACACGGGUGAGACGACGCGAACAGCAGUCGCCGUCAAUGGCGUCAGCGGCGGCAUCUUGUACAUGCACUUCCACGACGGCCGGUGGGAGGACUGGCAAGAACUCGAGUUUGCGGCGAAGUUCCUGCGGCGUCCUGCUGUGAUCUCGAGGGCCCAGCAUAGGGUCGAUGUUGUCAACGUGGAUAGCGAAGGGUCUGUGUGGAUUGUUUCGUACGACGGUUCCGCGUGGAGCGAAUGGACGCAACUCGGUACCAAUGUCUCAGCAGACGUCUCGGCGACAACAUGGGGCGAAGAUCGAAUCGACGUGUUUAUCAGCAAUGGCGAGACCUUCAUGCAUAAGCACUGGACACCGGACUCUGGGUGGCCUGAGAACUGGGAGGAUCUGGGUAAUCCGUUUGGACGAAGUUUGUGGACUAGACAGGCUAUCUCGCCCGGACCCCCUUCCAUUUCUUCGCCCAUGGCUGUCUCAUGGCGCGACGGGGACGAUGGUGUGAUCGACAUAUUCGUUACCGACGGAAGCUCGCGACACAAGAUGUUCAGAGGCGGUGCAUGGAGCGACUGGCUCAUCGUCAGCGCCAGCCACGAGGGCGGCGAAUUCCCGGACACACAGAGCAUUGUCAAAGGCCGUGGCGGGGACGGGUAUCCGUUCGCGCAUGUCAUCUCACGCGGUACGAAUAACUGCAUGCACCUCAUCUCGCACAACGGGACCGACUGGGAUUUCUGGACGAAUUUGUGGUGCAACACCGAUAAUGUAGGGAACGAACGCUACUACCCGACGGAGAUCCUGGCGACUUCGAUGGCUGUGUAUGAAAACGGCAGUCUCGAGGUGGUGGUGAAGGAUCUGCUGGAUAAUGUGUUGAGACUCCAGCUGGAAGUACCAGUCGACCCAAACGUCAGAUUUUCCAACGGCGAAUGGGAUAAUCUGGGUUCUGCCGGCUGAAAAACGAGCAUUUCAGUCUCAGCUGUUGAGAUUGACUGGGGCUGACUUCUUGGCCUGAUGCCACCUUCAGUACCUCUACGGAGGGGUCGAACGAUUAAAGGAUCGCAUUUCGUCUCGCGUAAUCUUCGAGGUCAUGGACGGCACUGGCUUGGAUUUGAAGGGCACUCCGCCAACCCGUCAACAUACAGAGAUAUGCGGGGUAUCACUCGAUGCACAGGUACUACUGGAUGUUCGAUCAGGCAUUGGCAGUGAAGAAUGGAAGAGUCUGGACUGGAAACGGACCGGAUAGAAUUGAUGCUGCUCCGGCGAAGCAUUUCAAGCACUUUUUGUUAAACUUAUACCCGAUCUCUGGAAGCAGAAGAUGGAAGGAUUUUGCUAGUCGUCUGAAAUAAUUAAUGCCUGCACAAGCGGCUCAGAUACUCUUGCUCAAAG